AUGGUUUCGAAAUUCGGACCAGAUGAACUCAAAGUGAACAUUAAUGGCCGAACCCUAACCGUAGAGGGUAAACAAGAAGUCAAAGAGGACUCGAGUUACACAUGCAGAAGGAGUUGGCGCAGAGCAGAUAGGAUCCAGCCUUACCGACUAGCGUCAGCUGGCCAUCAGUUACCAAAGCUCAAAGCGGCCAUCUGCUCUGGGAGUCACUACGCCUUUGACUUCCAUCCCGAACCGUAG